UGGGAGUAUUUAUAGUGUUGUGUUCAGUUACAGUCAGAGACCCCUGAGAGAGAAGCAGAGUCACAGAUGAUCCUUCUUCGCCCCUCCUUCUCAUGUACUGGCACUGGCAGCUAAACCCAUCACCAUCGUUUAUGUUUUCAAUGAAGACCAAGGGAGGGCAGACAUUCUACGACGAUUUUGAGCGAGAUUAGCCGAUGCAUGAGACUCUCAGAGCCUCAGCAUGAACCAGGGGAGCAGUGCUUGUUUGUGGACCUCAGUGCCUCAGCACUGCCCUGCACCAUGUGAUCGUUACAAGCAUGCAUCUUGUGCCCACAGAGGCUAUGUUUACGUACUAAGUGGCAGAGAAAGACACUUGCUGAGAGAUUUUUGGAAAUAUAAUGUGGUAUGUGACAAGUGGGCCGAGCUUCCCUGUGAUAGUGAAGAAGCACCUGAAGAACUGGAGGAGCACACAAUGGUAGCAUAUCAGGGAUUUCUUUAUGUCUUUGGAGGAAUGCAAGAUUCAUCUUAUACUAAAUCAAUAAUGCCUCUUUGGGUGUUUGAUACAGUAAAAGAUUCCUGGAUUAACUGGAAAACAGGGAGUGAAACUUCACAGGGAGGGACACCAGCAAACAGAAAAGGGCACAGUGCUGUCAUUUUUGGGUCAUCUAUGUAUGUCUACGGUGGAUACAUUGAUAUGAGAGGAUCAACAAAGGAAUUCUGGAAAUUUGAUUUUGAUUCCAGAGUGUGGUCGCUCCUAAGCAGUGUAGAAGGAGGGCCUGGACCCAGACAUGGUCACUCAGCUAUGACAUACCAGGACUCUAUGUACCUUUACGGUGGCCUGCAGGGCCUGAGGGAACAGAAGGACCUGUGGAGCUGGAGUUGUGCCAGUCAGACCUGGAGCUACAUCAAUUUCCAUUCAGGUCCUUCCAGGCUGGUUGGUCACUCUGCUGUAUUGUUUAAGGACAGCAUGCUCAUCUUUGGUGGUGGGGAAACCCAGAGCUCUCCUCAGAGCAGCUUGUGGAGGUUCAACCUGACAACAAAAACCUGGAAGAAGCUAGGAUUGUUGCCUGGAUCCCCCUCUCUGUGCCGGAUCCAUCACUGCAGCAUUGGCAUAGGCCAGAGUUUCCAGCCAACAUCACCAAACAGCAUUUAUUUAAGAAAAAUUCCCAACUCGCACAACAUCUAUAACCAGCUAAGACCAUUUAAGAACAAGUGCCAACCAUCCCGCGCCAGUUUACAAGAGCCCUGUAUUGAGCUCCAGACUUUCCACAUGGACAAAAAGAAGUAUUUGUCAGAUUUAAGUAUUGCAGUGACAGACACUAAGCUGAAAGGAACCUGUUUCACCCAGGAGGCUAUUAGCGAGAAGCGGAAUAGUGGUGACCUGGCAGAAGAAACUGAGGAUGCCAUGUUUCUACAUAUGCCUGACUUGCUGUUAGUCCUGGGAGGUAAACCUCUACAAGGAUCACAAGUGAUUUCAGUCUGGCAUAUGACAAUGGCAUAAAUCUGUUUUUCUUUUUUUUGUGCAUUCUACUUUCUCUGUGAGAAAUGAAUGGCCUUUAGCAACAAUACCUAUCUAUAUCCUGUGGGAGAACAAUUGAAUUCAGUCAUAUACACACAUUAUACAGUGUCAUAAUUAUUUCCUUGACUGAAAAGCACCAACUAGGGCUUUUAUUUACUUCAUUAUUUGUCAUAUUAUUUUACUAUGUAUCAAAAUUUUAUAUUAAAGAAUCUUCACUAAAUGUGAAAUAAUGGUCAAAACUG